AUGACAAGUAUUUCGUAUAAUGCAAAAAAAUUAAGGCCAUUCAAAACUUAAAGAGAUGCUUUGCUCAAUGAUCUUAAAAAAUAAAUACAGGAAUACCAAGAAGAAGAAAAGUUAAAUGAUCAAUAUUUUGAUGAGAUUGGAAGAGCAGAAAAAGUAUUUUUUUUUUCAAAUUUAUUUAGGAAUAUGAUGCUCUUUUAAAAUAACUUGAGCAUUAUCGGAAAUAACAUUAGGAUAAAACUUAAGGUGCUGUGACAUAAGAAUCUUAGGGCAUAGAUGCUAAAUUAGAGCACGAAGUAACAUAAACGCUCAAAUUAUUUCUUUUAAAUAUUAGCAAAAAAGAAACAUUGGAAGCGAUCCAAGAAAAAGAAAUAGCAAAAAGAUUAUGUAGGAUUCAAACUCUACAAAUAACUCUCAAUCCAAAACAAGAAGAAGAUAAUGCAAAAGUUGAUGAAGAAGAGUUAGAUAAUGGGUAUUAUGUCACACUACGAAACUAAUUCAACUCUGUUUAGGUCAAAGUGCCAGGUACAAUAAAGACCUUCAGAGAAUUGAAGCAAAUUGUUAAAUCCUGCUUCAUGGCUCAAGAUAACGAAAUAUUUUAUACAGAUUAGAUGGGCAAUUUAUUGCAAUUUGAAAUGAAUGUACUAAAUGAAUUAUAUCCUCCAAUUUAUGAAUUACUCAGGAACUAUGAACCUACUGUUGGGGUUCUAAUUAUCAAACAAAAAAAGAACAAGGAAGAUAGAAACAAUAUGUCUCAAAUCGAAGAGGUUUUAUUCACAGAAGCAUACCCUGAUGGAUUAACGAAGGGCUUUAGAUAAACUAGAAGAUUGGAAAGUAAAAUCGAUUGGUCAGUGUAUCUAGGGUAUUUAAACAAAGUUAAAUAUUUUUUUGAAUCUUGUCUCUUUAUACUUUUACUGUUUUUAUUUAUCUUUACAGAAAUCAACCAAAUCAAGUUCGUUACUAAUACUCAAAUACUAGCUUCUUUCUAAAAUUCAUAUCCUAUUCAAAGAUCUUACCAAUAACCUGUAUUCAAUUUAUCAACUCUAAUAAACCUAACUCUAGCAGAAGAUAAUGAUAUUCACAAUUUUUACAAUUAUCCUUUAAAAUCUGGAUUGCUAAUUUAAAAAUUAAUAUAGGAAGAAAAUUUAGAUGAUUGCCAUAUUCUGAAUUCAAAUCAAAAAUAGAUGUUUUUAACAAAAAAUUAAAGCUGCCUAAAUUUUAAUGAAUUAUUUUUAGAUGAUUUAGAAGGUGAAUAUACUCAAACUGAAUUUGAUCCAUCUAAAUAUGAUAGCUACUAUGGAGGAUAUGUUUGGGAGCUUAAUCUCACAAAUUAAAAUAGUUUCUAAAAUAGUAUUGAAUCGAUUAAAUCUUAAGAGUGGUUAAAGUACAAUAUUAAAUAAUCUUAAUUUAUUUUAAAUUAUUUUAAUAGUCCGAGUUAGAGAUUAAUAUAAGCAACUAUUACAACUCUAUACUUAUUUAAUGAUGUACAAUAAAUACUUAAUUUAGGAAUUACUCAAUUACAACACUAUGUAAACUCAAGCAUUUGAUUUAAAUUCUAAAACAGAUCAAGAAGUUCUUGCUCAUAAUAUGAUGUUCUAUAUAGCUAUUCUUUUACUUAUUCCUUCGUUUUUUGGUAUUGAACUUAGUUAUAAUUAUCAGACUUUUUUGGGUUUUAUUUCAUUGGCACAUAGAAUAGUUUAGUCUUAAUAUAUUAAAAAUAUAUAGAACUGUUAAACAGAAGAAAAAAGAUGCAAUCCAAAAAAAGGGAGUUAGCACCACAAGAAGAGAGAGAGUUUCAAUAAAAACAAUUAAUUGUAAGUGAUUUUUUCAUCUUUAAUCUAAAAGUGCUUUAUGUAGUUAUUAAAAUUCCACUGAUUUUCGAUAUUAUUUGUAAGUGAAAUUAUAUCUAUAUAGAUAUGCUCAGCAAUGUUAGCAUAUUAAUAAGAAGCACAAUAUCGAAAGCAUAUCAAGAUUAGUUAGAUUUAAUUGAUGUUGGAUCGAAUUCAUAUUAAGAUGUCUCAAAGUUAAUAGUUCCUCUUUAUACAACAAGAAUUUAUGAUGGGAUUCAAAUGUUGUUCUUAAUGAUAGCUAUUAAUAGAUUCCUAGGUAAUUGGAGUCCUUAUCUAAAGUGUUAUGGAUUGGUUAUAAUUAGGGUAAAUGUUGAAUUGAUUAUUUUAGUUUAAUAAGGAGUCUUGGUUCUUACUUUUAGUGCUGAUAUUUAUCAUUAGCAUAUGCGCUAUGUCAUGGAGCAUUACCUUAUAAGGGAAGUUAGUAAAUCAUGACAACUUCUUUUAUUCAUUUCUUGGUUUAUUGAGAUGCACUCUUAAGUAUGGAAUGCAUAAUGAUAUAGCAGAAUAAGGAUUUGAUAAUAAUUAUGUUAAGGAUGUAAGUUAUUCUUUCGAUACAAGAUAUGUAUUUAGAUUAUUAAAUUUAGAUUCAAUAUGUCAUUGUUAUGGUACUUUCUAUGAUUAUGGUACCAAUAUUUAUUUCUUUGAUGACAUAAUAAGUACAUAAUACAAAAGAAGAAGCCAAACAAAAGAUGAUGGAUUAUAAAAAAUGA